AUCAAUUUUCUGUUCUCUAUAUUGAUUGUGUAGUAUUUUUCUGUGCCGCGAGAAAAACUCGUUGUCCUCUGUAUUUACUCACUUAUCAGCAGAUUUUUGCUGUGCAAAAUCUCCUGAAAGUAUUAUUGCACUGGAAUGAAUAGGAAUUUUAACAAUUACCACCAAGGACAGCGACAUUUUAUUAAGUUUAUAGAUAUGCACAUUUGAAGGCAAGCCCGACCCACGGAUGUGCUUAAAUAAUCCUAUAUUUCCACUCAGCAUUAUUGCCAAGUCGUUCAGUGCCCAAGAGCGGUGGCCAUCUUUGAUGAGGGAGCCUCUUCCGGAGGCUCUCCCUCGCCAGGGAGGCUCUCCCGCGGGGGGGCCGGCAGGCCGGUGGAAAGCGGGAAUAAUGUGUGAUGCAUUGGAGAAUGUAUGAUUAUGUAAACAGCAUCCGUGGCUGGACUUGAAUGAUGGGAAAAUGUUCAUAGUCUAUAAGUUUGUGUGGGUGGAACUGCGCGCGUUGCGGCAUCCGGUGGACGGACAGGCAUUCUGGGGGCCCCACAAUGAGUGUAGCAGCUGCAGAGGAGACAGAGCGGCGGCGGAGGCGGCGGCUACAAUCAACAGUUCAGCGGGCAGCCGAAGCCCUUCCUCUCGGGCGGCUAUCUGAACAGAGGCAUGGCCCAGCAGACGGAAGGCCAGGUCAAUCCCGUCAACCGACAGACGCUCAGACCGCCAGCACCAGCUGUCCAGGCGACACCAGUGCUGCCUGAAGUUGUGCAAAUGCCUCAGAUGAAGCAGGAGGACUUUUCUCAGGACGACGCCAUCAUGACGCCGGUGGAAAAGCAGACGGAGAAAGUCGAGGAAAGCAGCGAGAGAUCUGCCAGGGCGAGAUCCAUCAUUGGCCUGGCCAAGAAGAAGAUCAGCAACAAGGAGCGCCGCAUCCGGCAGAAUCGGCGCCUGCGGAAGAUGCUGACGCCGAAGAAUGCCAUCGUGGCGCUGCACGAGCUGCAGGGCCCGUCGGCGCUUGACUUCCAGAUUGAGGGCGUGAACAAUGACUUCCGCGCCGAGGUGAACGUGAACAACAUCCGAUACAUCGGCACGGGACGCUCCAAAGUGCUGGCGAAGAACAAUGCGGCGGAGAAGGCGCUGCGCGACUUCGUGAUCGCCCGGAUGGCGGCCAAGGCGCGCCGCGUGAAGGAGGAGAAGAGCAUCGAGGCGGGCGAGGCGGAGAUGAAGGAGAGCACAGAGCCUGAGGACGCGGACGACGUGCCGAUGCUUAAUCUGGUGUCGUUUGCGCUGCACAAGUUGUUCUGCGAGUGGGAGGCCGAGGGCUUUCCUGUGCCGGACUUCAGGGCUGGUCAGGAGGUGGUGCAGCCCAUGGCGGUGGACAAUGGUGCGGAGAUGACGCCGGUGAAGCAGCUGCCGCAGCCGCGCGACGAGCUGCCCAACAACGCCGCCUCCACGCAUCCCACAAUGCUGCUGUCCAUCAUGAAUCCCGGCACGCAGUUCACGGACGUGGGCAGCGAGGGGAAGCCGCCGCAUGUGGUGCACACGGUGAGUGUGUCGCUGUGCGGCAAGGACUACGUGGGCACGGGGCGCACGAAGAAGCUGGCGCGCAAGAACGCCGCCCUGGAGGCGUGCAUGGAUUGCUAUGGCGUGCAGUUCAACGCGGACAUCAUUUCAGACACUCAGUAGACUCUGGAGUGUGCGUCCUUUUCUAAGCAUCAUCAAUAUGACAGCGCGCGAAAGGAUAUUUUAGUAUUUGAAGUUGUGAUUUCAUGCUUGUAUUCUUUGUGGAAAAUAUAUAAAACAUUUUAAUCUCCGUACAAACCGAUUUUCUUCAGCUUCUCUCCAGCGCGAAAAAGUGUGUCUCGGCUGGUUAACCCUCGCGAGUGUGCAGAUUAAGAAGAGCAGUGAAGCAAACCGAAGGGAGGCUUUAGAAGAAAUCCUUUGGCACAAAUAAAAACACACACGAGUUUAAUGAGUUUUUUAUUUAUGAUUUUUUUCUCAUGUUAUCAAUAUCCCUAAGAGAUAUACAAAAAAGAAAAACUCAUUGCUUUUCCAUCUCAUUACUAAGUUUUUUUUCACUUUAUAUUAAUUAUUCAUUCAUUUUGUUGUAGAUAUUUUUCCGCCACGGAAAACAGAGCGAGAAUUUUGCAAAAUAAGAAAGUUUAUAUUAUUUGGAUUUGAGGAGGUGAAAAGAGAUUUGUUUGUGUGAUUUUGGGGGUUGGUUUUGAAUGGGAAAGAAGAGCAAAAGAAAAAUGGGAAGAUUUCAUUCAUUUUCAUGCGUCUUUUUUUUCCUAACUUUGUUUUUUUAGGCUGGAGAAUUUUCGCUCUGUUCUCACUAAACAUUUAAUCGCGUUAUUCAAAGAUUUUCUCCACUCAAUGCAAUACUUUUCCACUGUUUUUCUGGCAUUUUCACGGAGAAAUUUCCCUUCGCUUUCUUUAAAUAUAUUUUUGUUUAAUUAGAAAAAUUCUAUAUAAUAUUGAAUUAUUUUUAGUUUUUUUUUUUGUUUGUAAAAUAAUUAUGCUUAUAAAUUAUCUGCUCUUCGCUAUUUCUGUUCUUUUCAUGUGUAUUUCUUUUUUCUCACUUCUUUUCUCUUCCUAUUCAUUCAUGUUUUCUUUUGUCGACACAAAAUCAGGGAAGAAUAAACAGAUUAAUUUCUUUCACUUUUCCUUUUCCUUCUUUCGAGCUGUUUCACUUUUCUUUCCUAUUACGUGCGAUUGUGUUCUGAGAUUUGCAAAAAAAGGCUGUAAAAGGCGCGAUUUGUUAAUUUAAACAACAAUAACAAUUAAAUAACACAAAAAUACUUGCAACGGUUGUACUUUUGGUUCUUCUCAUGAGAGCUCAAACAUACUUUCGCGCUCUCGCACUCUUGUUUCCAUUUUAUUUCAACGCUAUUAUUUUCUUCUUAAAACCUUUUUUAUCCUUUUUCCAUCAUUUUUUUUCUCGUUUUUGUUACACCGAAAAACACAAAAAUUUCAUACUUUCAGGACAAUUGUGUGUGUGUGAAAAACUAGAAAACACAAAAAUUAUAGAUCAUUAAGUAUUGUUCUUUUUUUUCUUUUACUGUAAAGGAUAUUUUAUCAAAAAAUCAAAGAAAAAAAUUUACUUUCUUUUCGCUCUUUUCAUCCCCUUUUUUCCGUUUCUCUUGAGUUUUAUAUUUUCUGCCUUUACUAUUUUAAUUCAAUUCUUGUUCUGUAUUUACAGUCAGCGGUAAUUCUUAUUUAUUUACUUCUUUUUUUUUCUUUACUUGUAGACUUUUCUUCUUCUUGUCCAUUAUAAUUAUCUUCUCUUCUUCAUGUGUGUGUGUGUGUUUUGUGUGUGGUUUUCACAAAUACAAUAAACUACAGGUUUUUUUCACUUAUGUUUUUCCUCAACUUCUUCGUCUUCGCGUUCUUCACCCGAAAAAAUCCUAUCAUCAUCUUCUUCGUGACCUUACAAUAUGGCUCAGUUUUAUGCAUUUAAAACUUCACUCCACUUCAACAGUGAAUUUCCUCCUUUUCCUCCUCUUUCGCCUUCUUCAAUUUUUCACAAUUGAACUCCUAGUCGAAAGUUUCUUAUCUCUUGAUGCCUUUUCUCUUGCUCCAGCAUGGCCAAAAGCAUUGUUCUCGCUCACUUUCUUCUCUCUGUGCUCUUUUGAUUAUCAAUUCGUCAAUCCUCACACGCUUCGCCUCUGUCAAAACGAUCCUUUGGCGCAUCCUUCUUCAGCAUGGCGAAGUGCUCCUGUCACAAAACACCACGCCACGCAAUUUGAGCAAGAAGUGAGCAACAAGAGACAGAAUUCUUUCUCCACGCGCGCACUUCAUCAUUUUCGCCUAUAUUCUAUGUACAAAGAUGCCUGAAGGGUGAACUCUCUUCCACCCACGCUCCUAAGAUUCUAACCCUCCAUCCAUUUUGUCACUCUUAACAUUGAUUACUUCAGAAUUAUUAUAUACAUUAAGAUACCAUUUUUUUAUGCAUAUUUUUUUUUCAAUUAAAAGACUCCUUCUUUCUUCUCCUUUUUUUCUUCCUUUCUCCUUCUUCUUUUACUAUUAAUAAUCAAUUAUUAUCUAGUGAGUAAUAUUUUUGUUGGUUUCCUCGCGAGCGCCACCCGGAAACACCGAAAAAGCCACCUUCUCCAGCGUCCGGAGGCGCGCAGGUUUUCUCUUCUCCUUCGCUUUCAAACUCAUCGACUAUUCCUAUUUUUCUUCUUCUUCUCUUUUUUUUAUGUAUAUAUUCAGUAGAAACUAAAAAAUACAAAAUAUAUAUGCGCAGUAAGUAAAUCCGAGAGAAAAUAUGAGAGUUAACUUAAAAAGUAAAAAAAAAAAUAAGGCAAUAUAAUUAAUUCUAAAAUGAAUUUUCAUAAUGAAAACUCCUCAAAGUUUCAGCCCUUAACAUAAAUAUUGAGAGAAUAACUUUUUUUUUUCAUCUACUUCUACACUUAAAAAAAGCCCUAAGAAUACAAAAAAAAACAUAUAGUAAAAACAUAUAUAAUUCACAAAUGAAAAAAAAA